UUAGGUAGAGGGAAUAAGGGCGACCAGUUCGUUCCAUAAAUGAGCAAUAGCGGCAGUGCUAUUUAUUUAUUUAUUUAUUUAUUUAUUUAUUUAUUUAUUUAUUUAUUUAUUUAUUUAUUUAUGCUAUUCCUGAGACCGCGUGUGAACAAACGAGGGAACACGUUGCAUGACCAGCGCUAUGUGCGCGGUCCUGAUUAGGCGCGCCUUGUGUGCUUCCUCGCAGGCAACGAUCAACUGCGGCGUGGUGCAUGAUUUUCCGCGGUUUUCGCACCGUGGAAUUCUCAUCGAUACGGCACGUCACUUCCUCCCCGUACCGGUUAUCAAGCAGAACCUGGACGCCAUGGCCUACAACAAGUUUAACGUGCUGCAUUGGCACCUGGUGGACGACCAGUCGUGGCCAAUUUAUAUGAAAGCCUUUCCCAAUGUUACUGAGAUGGGCGCAUACUCCAAGCGUCACGUGUACACGACCGAUGACGUACGCGGAAUAGUAGAGUACGCACGGCUGCGUGGCAUCCGCGUCGUCCCGGAGAUUGACACUCCCGGACACACGCAAGCGCUGGGACGAGCUUUUCCUGAUGUUCUCACGCCCUGUUACGGCAACGGCAGCCGGGCCACCGCGAAGUGGCGCCAGCACGCUGCCUUCGAAAUGCUCGACCCGACGAACAACCAGAGCUACAGGCUGGUGCAGCGGAUUCUUCCCCAAGUGACGGAGCUAUUUAAGGACCGCUACGUGCACCUUGGCAUGGAUGAAGUGCACUACUAUUGCUGGGAGUCCAGUCCCGAGAUCGAGGUCUUCAUGGAGCGCCACAAUAUGUCGGUCACGAGAGACGUCGAGCAGUAUUACGUGGAACGGACUCUGGACAGCGUGGGACGCACAGGCGCCAAGAUCAUGGUGUGGCAGGACCCCAUAGACAACGGAGUAAAGGCGUCCCGCAAUGAUGUUGUGGUACAGCUGUGGAAGCAACGCAACGCUGGCAGCAUCAAGAGAUGGCGCCAGUACGCGGCCUUGAUCUCCAGCUACGGGUACAAGAUGGUCCUUUCAAGCUGCUGGUACGUGGACCAUUUCAGCCACCUGAAGAAUUGGACGCACUACUACGCCUGCGAACCAAGGAGCUUCAAAGGAACGUUGAAACAGAAGCAACUGGUCCUUGGCGGCGAAGCCUGCAUGUGGGGGGAGUACGUAGACCGGACAAACCUUCUCGCCAGCCUGUGGCCAAGAGCUUCGGCCAUCGCUGAGCGCCUGUGGAGUAGCGCCAAACUCAGAAACGCCACACUGGCUGCCCCUAGGCUGAACGCGCACCGCUGCCGCAUGUUAAGACGCGGAAUCCCUGUGCACCCUCUCAACAGCCGGCCGUGUGAAGACGGAGAGGAAUUGGACUUCCACGACGUCUUCGAGCUGGACUAGAGGAGACAGUCAUGCUAGUGAUCCUCUAACCACGGCAGCCUAUGCUGAAUUAGAUUUUUUUUUGCUAUUAUUUCCUUCUGAAAGAAAGCCUGCAUAUUUAGCCGC